UAGCAGCGCACACACAGGUCUGGUCUGCUCCAGGGAUUAUCCUACCGCUCUGUGAUCUGAUGGAGGACAUGCAGGCAUGAAUAGGGCUGGCUAUCGUGGUGUUGGUGUGAGCACAUGCCAGUGAUGGACUACAGCCGGACAGACGCUAACCUUAGCUGGCAUUCACGGAACAGCACUCCUCAUAACUGAGACCAGCCCCACAGAAUGCUGAGUCCCAUUGUCCCCUAUAGCCUAUUGAAGAUGCACUGGAACCCGGAGCAUGCCCAGUCCCUCAGCCAGUGGCCUGAGCAGCACCUGGAUGUGUCCUCCACAACUUCCUCUCCGGCUCACAAGUCAGAGUUGUAUGCUGGCCGCAGCCGCAGCUCCUACAACUAUGCCUGGGCCAACGAUGACAUCUCCGCUCUCACAGCCUCCAACCUGUUGAAGCGCUAUGCUGAGAAGUAUGCUGGCGUGCUGGACUCACCGUAUGACCGGCCGCCGGCAGUUGGCGCUUACCCAGAGUCAGGGGCCUUUGGUGGACUCAAUGGCCAGAAGACUGAGCUGGAGCCCUGGCCACUGACACAUAGCACUGAUGGCCCCUAUCCCUUGGUGCCCCCCGGAAGCCAUGAUAGCCUUUCAGCUUCCAAGCCCGUAGCCACGUCAGCAGGCCCUCCUGGAGCUAGCAGCGUGUCAGUGGUCAACAGUAACCUCUCAGACUCUGGCUACAGUGGCAGCAGCUCCUGUAGUGGGUCUCACUCUGGUGAAUACCCCCCCAGCUAUAACAGCACCUACCUUUCCUCAGGGUACUGUCCCCAACCCAGUGCAGCACUUCCCCCUGCCUCCCUCCACACUCUACAGUCCACCCCCACCCUGGUACCUAGCUACAGCCCUACUACGCCCGUGUAUAACUACCCCCCCAGCACAUACCCCCAUCAGACCAGUCUUGCCCCAAGCUACAGCCACCCCUCAGCUACCUACUUGCCAUCGGGCCUGGCAGCCCCAACGCCACUGCCCUCGAGACCCACUGUGGUUGGAGGGAGUUACAGUUAUCAGAGCACCAACCUGGGGUCUGCAGAGUCUGGAGGGACGCUAAAAAGAAAAGCAUUUGAGAUGAAUCUGGAAGAAGAUGAGGGUGGGGAUGGCUCUCGAUACAGGAAGUAUGGCUAUGACCCCAUGAAAGCAGGGGAGGAGUCGCCAUACAGUGUGAGUGAAAAAGGAGAAUGCCGGGGGAAUGGCUUCAGCACAGGUAAUGCAGAGCCUCAGACCUUCAAGCCCAGUAAGCCCUCCACCCAGCCCCUUGUAUCUCCACAGUAUGGGGUGGCGGGGGAGUACAGCCCCCCGGCAGGAAUGACAGUGGAGAAUGGAGGGGGGGGUGAGGCGGGAUUCACCCAACAGCAGCCUCAUCGCUCCCAGGCACAUAAACGGCCGCUGAUAUGUGGCCAAGCUGGUGAAACUCUCAAGAGCCCGGAUCCCCGGCUGCUGGACCUCGUGAAUGGGGAGAUGUUGGACUGCACCCCGGCCCUUGGGUGGGGUGAGGUGGCAGGACUCACCCAUGUCAAGGCCGCACUUGAGGAGGACCUACUGUGGCCUGUGUUGAGGCCCAGCCAAGCAGUGCGGCCUCCCAGAACCGUCCUGCUUUUUGGCCCUCGGGGAGGUGGGAAGAUGACAUUGGCUCGCUCCUUGGCUUCACAGCUGGGGGCUUCUUUCUACCGACUGAGCGGCGCCAUGCUGGCCUCCAAAGGAAAGGCGGAGGCCGAGCAGAUCUUAGGGGCUCUCCUUCACGUUGCAGGGGCCCGGCAGCCCUCAGUUGUGCUGCUCAGCCAGGUGGAGGCCAUGGAGGAGGAGGGUCUGAGGCAGAUGCUGCUGGCCACUCUGGAGAAAGCUCAGCUCGGGGCAACGGGUCUGGUGAUUCUCAUAUGUGCCACCAGCAGGCCAGACCUGCUACAGGAUGCAGUCCACCGGAGCUUUGCCAAGCGGUACCACGUUGGCUUGCCGGAUGUAGGCAUGCGUAGACAGGUUCUGUUGCAGGCGCUGGCACCCCAAGGCUGCAGCCUGAGCGAGAGGGAGCUGAGUGCUGUGCUGCAGCGCGCCGAGGGUUUCUCGGUGUGGGAGCUACUACAGCUCAGUCAGCAGGCCCUCUCCUCGGCCUCCUCCUCCACAGGGGCCAUGCACGGCCUGCCUGCAACCUCCACACCUCCAGCCUUCACAGACUUUGAGAAUGCCUUCUGCAAGGUGCGCCCGCACACCACCCCAAAAGAACUGGACACUUGUUUAGAGUGGAGCAAGGUGUAUAGCCACUGAGACGGCAGAUGGCCACUGCAUUGGGACUGCCCUGUUACUUUGUCUUUGAUUUGACAUGAGAAGCCUUGGGAAUGUUUUGUUGUCAUUUUGUUAUUACUUAUUAUGCAGCCAAAAGAUUAAAAAGAGCUCAGAGGUAUGGGGAGCUGAUACAUUUGUUUUACUGGCAUAAGCAUGCCAUAGUGUGAUGAUUUUUUUUUUUUUGCUAUGAUCAUACACAAUACUUUAUUUUUCCCAAAGAGAA